GGGCCGGCCGGCACCCCGGGUUCCGAGCGCGGUUUCCAGCGGGCGGCCGGACGUCGGCGCGCCCCGCGGCCGGUUUGCUGCCACGCCUGGGUCGCGGCGGGCGCGGAGCCGCAGCCAUGCUGUUCUGGCACACGCAGCCCGAGCACUACAACCAGCACAGCUCCGGCAGCUACCUGCGGGACUUGACUAGUGCUCUUCAAAGGGAAAACGAUGUGCUCGCCCUGCCCAUCUUCAAGCAAGAGGAGCCACAGCUGUCCCCCGAGAGUGAGGCCCGCCUGCCGCCCCUGCAGUACGUGCUGUGUGCUGCCACGUCCCCGGCCGUGAAGCUGCACGAAGAGACCCUGACCUAUCUCAACCAAGGUCAGUCUUAUGAAAUCAGGCUGCUGGAGAAUCGGAAGCUGGGAGACUUUCAAGAUCUGAACACGAAAUAUGUCAAGAGCAUUAUCCGAGUGGUUUUCCACGACCGCCGGCUGCAGUACACGGAGCACCAGCAGCUGGAAGGAUGGCGGUGGAGCAGGCCCGGGGACCGGAUCCUGGACAUCGAUAUUCCACUGUCUGUUGGUAUCUUGGACCCCAGGGCCAGCCCGACCCAGCUGAACGCUGUCGAGUUUCUGUGGGAGCCUUCGAAGAGAGCCUCUGCAUUCAUUCAGGUGCACUGUAUCAGCACAGAAUUCACCCCGAGGAAGCACGGGGGUGAGAAGGGGGUGCCUUUCCGAGUGCAGAUUGACACAUUUAAGCAGAACGACAAUGGGGAAUACACAGAGCACUUGCACUCGGCCAGCUGCCAGAUCAAGGUGUUCAAGCCAAAGGGAGCUGACCGGAAACAGAAGACUGACCGGGAAAAGAUGGAGAAGAGAACUGCCCAAGAGAAGGAGAAGUACCAGCCGUCCUACGAGACCACCAUUCUCACAGAGUGCUCCCCGUGGCCCGACAUGGCCUAUCAGGUGAACAGCGCCCCGUCUCCCAGCUACAAUGGCUCUCCAAACAGCUUUGGCCUCGGCGAAGGGAACAGCUCUCCGACCCACCCAGUGGAGACCCUGCCCUUGGGCAAUGACCACCUGCUUCCAUCGGCCUCGAUCCAGGAUGCCCAGCAGUGGCUGCACCGAAACAGAUUUUCACAGUUUUGCCGGCUCUUUGCCAGCUUCUCGGGUGCUGACUUGCUUAAGAUGUCUCGAGACGACUUGGUCCAGAUCUGUGGCCCUGCCGAUGGGAUCCGGCUCUUUAAUGCCAUCAAAGGCCGGAAUGUGAGGCCGAAGAUGACCAUUUACGUCUGUCAGGAGCUGGAGCAGAACCGAGCGCCCCUGCAGCAGAAGCGGGAUGGCGGUGGGGACAGCAGUCUGUGUGUGUACCACGCCAUCUUCUUGGAGGAGCUGACCACCUUGGAGCUGGUUGAGAAGAUUGCCAACCUGUAUAGCAUCUCCCCCCAGCACAUCCACCGAGUCUAUCGGCAGGGCCCCACCGGCAUCCACGUGGUGGUCAGCAACGAGAUGGUGCAGAAUUUCCAGGAUGAGUCUUGUUUUAUCCUCAGUACCUUGAAAGCUGAGAGCAAUGAUGGCUACCACGUCAUCCUGAAAUGUGGCCUCUGAGCGAAAGUCCAGCGUGUGAAGUACGGCCCCCACCCCACAGCCCAAUGGAUUCCCUCGGAUGUAGAAACCGCACCACUCUACGCCGCAGCCUCCCCUGGCGGGCUGUGGCUGGGAGGGACUUGGCCCAGUCCAGGAAGAUCACAGCCCACGAACCAGCAGAACCCUGCGGAUGCAGUCUCUGGUGUACGGAAAGCCAGCGGCUCCUCUCUCCCUUCCUCUUGGCCUCCAGCUUUUGAAUGUUCCUCGUUCUUUUCCCAGCCCUGCUAUCUUAAAGAGGCAAAUGGCAGGGCCAUCUUCUCUGAAACCCCUUGCUCCCUAGUUGGAGGCCAGUUCACUGAGUGUCUCGGUGCCUUCUGACCAUUCCCCUGCCUCCCGGGAAGGCUGUGCCUCCCCCCGACCUUCACCUUUUCUGGGAACCGGCUCCAUGACCAGGACUGCUGACUGGAUGUAGGUGGCUUGCCAGUGUUCUGUCUUCGUGUUGGUUCCCCUUCUCAGCGACCCUGGUGGGCAUCUGUCUUUCUGCUUCUUGGAUGGAUCGGUGGGAAGGGGACUUAUUCUGUGCCUUCUGCUGCUUUCACCUUGACUCCGUUUCUAAGGACCUGCUUUUGCAGUGCCCAGCGAUGGGCUCCUGUCUCUGCAUUGGUGAUGUAGACACCACGAUGCUUGUGUAGGACUGGCCACAUAGACCUAGGUCUGUGCCCUUGGAAGGAAGAAGGAGAGGAUAGAACAACUAUUUUUCAGGUACGUUCUCACGAGUAUGAAAGGGAUGAGAACGGAAUGAUAUUUUGCUUGAGCCCCUUUUAUGUAAUUUUACGCCCUAAGCAAUCAUGGGUAAGGAAGAUUAGGAAAUGAGUAUUCGGCUAUGUGAUCAGGUGACCUUGAUGGUCAUGAUAGCAGGCCCUGUUGGAUGGACUUAACCAGGUCCCACUUAAAGAAGACCUUGGCUGACGACUGCCAAACUUACCAAGUUUCCUAGGGUUCAUCUUUUCUGUGCGGCCCCAAUUUAAAUGUUUAUCUUUUUUCAUGCAUGGAGGGAGUGUUUAGGGCAUUUUGUCUGCAUUGGAGUGGUUGGAUCACGUUUCUUCGUGGCUUAAUUCUGGGGAACUCUGAUUAUCAGUAACCAGUAAACUCAGCAAUUAGG